UCCUAAGUCACAAUAUCCAAGUAAAUAAAAGGGUAGAGAUUUUAUACACUUCAAGAACAGCAAGCUAUAGAAUCACAUCCAUGGCUUGGAUUUGGACUUCUCUAGCCUUUGUUGCACUUAUCUUUCUGCUCCAAUGGUUAAGCACCAAGAAUAAGAGACUACCGCCUGGUCCAAGAGGGUUUCCAAUUUUUGGAAGUCUUCAUUUGUUAGGGAAGUUUCCUCAUCGAGCUCUUCAUCAGCUUGCUCAAAAAUAUGGCCCCAUCAUGCAUUUGCGGUUAGGCCUGGUGCCGACCAUUGUUGUCUCUUCGCCUGAAGCUGCCGAAUUAUUUCUUAAGACCCAUGACCUUGUUUUUGCUGGUAGACCACCUCACGAGUCUGCAAGGUACAUCUCUUAUGGACAAAAAGGCAUGGCUUUUGCACAAUACGGUUCGUAUUGGCGCAACAUACGUAAGAUGUGCACAGUAGAGUUGCUUAGUAGCUUGAAAAUUACGUCUUUCAAGCCAAUGAGAAUGGAGGAGCUUGAUCUGUUGAUUAAGUACAUUCAAGAAGCAGCACAGGAACGAGUUGCUGUCGAUCUGAGUGCCAAGGUUUCGUCCCUCAGUUCAAUCAAAUCAGAUUGA